CUGCCCGUGUGGCUAAAUGGGGGAGAUUUCGGACCCCGUGCAUCCUCCGGUAUGGUCAAACAUUAGCUGGUUACAAAAGCAGCUGCUGUGGCCAGAGUGAACAACAGCUCAGAAACCAAUUGAGAAGAAGAAGUGGGAGAAGAAACCAUGGACAGGACGGUCAGCCUCAAAACUCCCAACAGCACUCCCGCAGUGGCUCUGGUUGAGAGCAGCAGCGCCCCCGGCGGCCUGGAACUGGUCAGCUCCUACCAGACCAACAGAGUGGGAGACCCCAUGGACCUGGUGGCCCUGGCAACACAAGUACAAAGGGGAGACGAUUUCAUUAAAGCCAACGCCUCCAAUAAGCUGACAGUCAUCGCUGACCAGAUCAGAUACCUACAGGAGCAGGCGAGAAAGGUCUUGGAAGAGGCUAAAAGAGAUGCUGACCUCCACCACGCUGCCUGUAACAUAGUGAAGAAGCCGGGCACCAUGUACUACCUCUAUGAGCGGCCAUCUGGACAGAAGUACUUCUCCAUCAUCUCCCCUAAGGAAUGGGGCCCGAGUUGCCCUCACUCAUUUGUCAGUGCGUUCAAACUCCAACAUGACAUGUCCUGGACCCCUGUGGACCAAGUGGAGAAGAGGGAUGCAGAGAUUGCCAUCAUGAACAAGCUCAUCAGCCAGCAGACCGCUCUACCACCAUGCACAGAACCCAACUUCAAAGGCCUUUCUGAGUAAAGCACUGCUGAAGCUGGACUGAACAAGGGACUGAUCAAGAACACACACUUGAGACUUAUUCUACUUUUAAAUCUUAUAAAUCCAGGUGUGGACUGGAAUCAAUGAUAUCAAAAAGUUGGACAGUGUUUCAGUGACUUUCAUGGACUGCCUUAAGUGAACACGGAUAUGCACUACUACACGUUUUGUUUGUAUACAGCCACAACCUCAGUAUCAUACAGGGCUGUGAUGGCAAAGCUGUGCAUGGGCUCUUUUUUGGAAACAAAGUUGAGCUUACACUCUGCUCCUCACCAAAAUAAAACGUGUACAUGUGAGUGUGUAAA